AUGAAGAAAAGAAGAGCCUUUCUUCUCCUUCACCUUCUUCUUCUUCUUCUUGCGCCGUUUUCUAAACCUGAUUCAGAUGGAGACGCAAAAGCCAUGCUCUCACUCAAGCAAAGCUUAAACCCACCUUCCUCUCUCGGAUGGUCCGACCCGGACCCGUGUAAAUGGACCCACGUCGUGUGUACAGAGUCCAAACGAGUGACCCGGAUCCAAAUCGGGCACUCGGGUCUUCAAGGUACACUCUCUCCUGAUAUCCGCAACUUAUCAGAGCUCGAAAGGCUCGAGCUUCAAUGGAACAACAUCUCCGGCUCUGUUCCUUCACUAAGUGGUUUAGCUUCAUUACAAGUCUUGAUGCUUAGCAACAACCACUUCGAAUCAAUCCCUAAUGACAUCUUCCUAGGCUUGUCUUCAUUACAAUCUUUCGAAGUCGACAACAAUCCAUUUCAAUCUUGGGAGAUUCCAGAGAGCUUGAGAAACGCCUCUGCUCUACAGAAUUUCUCGGCGAAUUCCGCUAAUGUCUCAGGGAAAUUACCCGGUUUUCUCGGACCGGAUGAGUUUCCCGGUUUAUCGAUCUUGCAUUUGGCUUUCAACAAUCUUGAAGGUGAAUUGCCGUCCGGUUUAUCCGGCUCUCAGAUUCAGUCACUGUGGCUUAACGGUCAGAAGCUAACGGGUUCGAUCAAUGUUCUACAGAACAUGACUAGUUUAAGAGAAGUGUGGCUUCACUCGAACGGGUUUUCGGGUUCUUUGCCCGAUUUCUCGAGUCUUAAGUCGCUUGAGAGCUUGAGCUUGAGAGAUAACUCGUUCACUGGUCUUGUUCCUGAUUCUCUGAUGAGUCUUGAGUCACUGAAAGUUGUGAACUUGACGAACAAUCAUCUCCAAGGACCAGUUCCUCUGUUUAAAUCCUCUGUUUCGGUUGAUUUGAGUAAAGACACUAACAGCUUUUGCUUGCCUAGUCCUGGUGAGUGUGAUCCUAGAGUGAAGUCUUUGCUUUUGAUCGUUAGCUCCAUGGAUUAUCCGGUGAGGUUAGCAGAGAGCUGGAGAGGAAACGAUCCUUGCACUAACUGGAUUGGCAUUGCUUGUAGCAAUGGAAACAUUACGGUUAUCAAUCUUGAGAAAAUGGGUCUAACCGGAACGAUUUCUCCCGAGUUUGGUUCGAUCAAAUCGCUUCAAAGGAUCGUUCUUGGUGUCAACAAUCUCACCGGAACGAUUCCUCAAGAUCUUGCAACGUUGCCUAAUCUCAAAACGUUGGACGUUUCGAGUAACAAGCUUUACGGAAAGAUCCCGGCUUUUCGAAGUGAGGUGGUUGUGAAUGCGAAUGGCAAUCCUGACAUUGGUAAGGAUCAAAGCUCUUUAUCUCCUCAUGGCUCUUCUUCUCCACAUUCAGGUGGUUCUGGUUCAGGAAUUGAAGGUGGUGGAGAUGAGAGAAGAGUAAAGUCUUCAUCUUUCGUUGGAAUCAUCGUUGGUUCUGUUCUUGGAUCUCUGUUUUUGAUCUUCUUGAUUGGUUUGUUAGUGUUCUGCUGGUACAAGAAGAGGCAGAAGCGGUUCGCAAGAGGAGAGAGCUCGAACGCGGUUGUUGUGCAUCCGAGACACUCUGGCUCUGACGACAAUGAGAGUGUUAAAAUCACAGUGGCGGGGUCAAGCGUAAGCGUUGGAGGGGUAAGCGAGACGUACACGCUUCCUGGUACGAGCGAGGUGGGAGAUAAUAUCCAAAUGGUGGAAGCGGGAAACAUGUUGAUCUCAAUCCAAGUGCUACGUUCUGUUACCAACAACUUCAGUGAAGAUAACAUCUUGGGGAGAGGAGGUUUCGGUGUUGUUUACAAAGGAGAGUUGCAUGAUGGAACCAAGAUUGCGGUUAAGAGGAUGGAGAACGGUGUGAUUGCUGGUAAAGGACUUGCGGAGUUUAAAUCGGAGAUUGCGGUUUUGACAAAGGUUAGGCAUCGCCAUUUGGUAACGCUUCUUGGUUAUUGUGUUGAUGGGAACGAGAAGCUUCUUGUUUAUGAGUGUAUGCCUCAAGGGACGUUGAGUAGGCAUUUGUUUGAUUGGUCAGAGGAAGGGCUUAAGCCUCUGUUGUGGAAACAAAGAUUGACUUUGGCGUUGGAUGUUGCGAGGGGUGUUGAGUAUCUCCAUGGUUUAGCUCAUCAGAGCUUCAUUCACAGAGAUCUUAAGCCUUCGAACAUACUUCUUGGCGAUGAUAUGAGGGCGAAAGUCGCAGACUUUGGACUCGUUCGCCUCGCCCCUGAAGGGAAAGGAUCGAUUGAGACUAGAAUUGCUGGAACAUUUGGUUACUUAGCACCCGAAUAUGCAGUUACGGGUCGAGUAACCACGAAGGUCGAUGUGUAUAGCUUCGGUGUAAUUUUAAUGGAACUCAUAACAGGAAGAAAGUCUCUAGACGAAUCGCAACCAGAAGAGAGCAUUCACUUGGUCUCUUGGUUUAAACGAAUGUUCAUCAACAAAGAAUCAUCAUUCAAGAAAGCAAUAGACCCAACGAUAGACCUCGACGAAGAAACCCUAGCCAGCGUUCACACCGUUGCUGAGCUAGCAGGCCAUUGCUGUGCCCGAGAGCCUUACCAGAGACCAGACAUGGGACACGCGGUCAACAUUCUGUCUUCCCUCGUGGAGCUAUGGAAACCGUCUGAUCAGAAUCCGGAAGACAUAUACGGUAUCGAUCUCGACAUGUCUCUGCCUCAAGCUCUUAAGAAAUGGCAAGCUUAUGAAGGAAGAAGUGAUCUUGAAUCUUCUACUUCAUCGCUUUUACCUAGCUUGGACAACACGCAGAUGAGUAUUCCCACUAGACCUUAUGGAUUUGCAGAGUCUUUCACUUCUGUAGAUGGACGAUGA